AUGUCAAAUCCCCUUUUAGCCGCAGCACUCAGUGCUAUUACAAAUCAGAAUAUUAUUACUUAUGACGACUAUUUAAAGGGUAAUGGAGGUUAUUGUAAUGAAUUGGAUCAAAAUUCUCUACACCAAUCUCAUUUAGUUGGUGGUAAGGUACCUAAAGCUGAAGUUUCUCACCGUCAGCCUUAUUUAGUUGGUCAGAGUGUACCUACAGCCGAAAAUUAUUUCACUCAAUCUCAUUUAGUAGGUGAUAGUAUGCCUAAAGUGAUUUUCAUUAAAACGUUAGGCGGCAAAACUAUAACAUUAAAGACAACAUAUGCUACGACAAUCGAUCAAAUAAAAUCGAUAAUUAGAGAUAAGGAAGGUAUAUCAACAGAUCAGCAACGAUUGAUUUUUGCUGGCAAACAACUAGAUGAUGGACGUACUUUGAAUGACUACAAUAUAACAAAAGAAUCGACCAUAUUUCUGGUAUUGAGAUUGAGAGGUGGCUGUCCCACUUUAUACCUUCUUCCUAAUCAUCUUACUCCAAGAUUCGAUUAUGAUUUUACAAAUAUAAACGACAACGGAAAAACUCACAUGAGAGGAAAAUUUGAAUACAAACGCCCUUGUGGUUGGAUGAGAAUUGCUCUUAAUGUUCUUAACAAGUAUGAAAAUAAUGAUUGGCUUGGUGCUGGCGUUAGAAUACAUAUAAUGAGUCCGCAUAAUUGUAAAUCAAUUGCUGAGGAAGGUUAUGAUUUGUGUAAGGGUAAACGAUUCGCAUUUGGGCAUGGAAUUUAUUCAACACCAGAUAUUGAAGUCGCAGCUAUAUAUGCUACUGAUUUCAUUCAUGAGGGACAUAGAUAUAAAGUUGUAUUUCAAAAUCGGGUUAAUCCAAAUAAUUUAGUUAGAGUUACAAUGGAAAAAACUAGUGUUGGUGAAUUUUGGAUUUCACCAAGCGGAUCAGACAUUCGCCCUUAUGUAAUUUCCAUGGUACUAAAGUUUCAAGUUUCUGGACAAUUAUUAUUCAUUAAAACAUUAAGUAACAAUAGAAGCUGCAACUACCAUGCAGUAAUUGUUCACAAGACAUUACCAAACCAUCAACAACUUGAAGAUGAACGUAGAAUCGGUCAACAUAUGGUUUGUUAUAAUGGUACUGCCGAAGAUGGAGAUAGAUAUCAAAGAGUCGUAUUAGAAAAUAAAUCCAAAGAAAAUUACGAAGGAAGAAAUUGGAGUUGGUGA